UUAUGACAAUAUGUUGCAUUAACAGAUGUUUGAUCUUAAGUUAAAACAUUAGAUAUAAACCUAAUGUUGGGGCACAUAGUGAUUUUAUUACAGCACAAAUAAACAAGAAAAAUGCAGAUUUUCGUAUUAUUUUGGAUUGUUAAUACUUUUCUUUAUCAUGUAGCUAAGUGUCAGUCAAAUAUUAAAGGUAUAGAUAUAGGGUAUAACUGUAUACAUGAUAGUCAGUGUACGACAGGUAAUGGAGGAGAAUACUCAAAAUGCAACAAAGAUCUCAACAUUUGUAUAUGUACAAUUAACCACCUAGGCGAGGACAAGUGUCUUAAAGACAGUAAUCAAUUUUAUGGCGUCUGUAGACGAAAAACGUUUUAUACGGAAACACAGGUGUGUACUCUGGAAUGCUCACCAAAAGGUACACGUAGGUUGAGAAAGGGUCAUGAUUGGUACGGUGAAAUUUUACACCCGUUUGCAUCUUUUAAAGUGGAUAAAACGACAAGUGCUUGUUAUGAUCCAAAGCGAGCAUUUAACACUGUUCCAAGCGGAUUCGAGAUAAAACAAUCAAGUUUGCCAGGGAUUGGUUUAGGUGUAUUCACGACAUCCUACAUUGAACAAGACGCAGUGUUUGGUCCAUAUAAAGGCACGUUUGAUACUGAUGAUACUGACGAGGAUCUUGAUUAUGCUUGGACGAUUUCUCCGCGUGAAGAUGAAGGGCGUAAACAGCUCAUAUAUGUAGAUGCCAUCGACAUUGCUUUAUCUAACUGGUUGAGAUAUGUUAACACCCCAAUAAACGCGGAAAUGGAAAAUGUGGCUGCAGUACAAUAUAAAGGGGAAAUGUACUAUAAAACAAUUAAGUCAAUAGCACCUGGAACUGAAAUGUUUGUUUGGUAUGGAGAAAGUUAUGCCAGGUAUUUAGGACUCAAGCCGUUUAAACACCCUCGAUAUAAUCACGGAGAAGCUGGUUAUGCAGGUGGCAAUUGCGACUAUGAAGAUGAAAGAAAGCCAUGUUUACAUGAUAAGAACACUAUUUGUGCAGAGCAAUAUUGCUUCUGCAUGCGUGGAUCUCAUUACAGAGCUGGAAUGUGCUAUUUAGAAGGAACAUUGGGAGGGCGGUGUAAUGGAUUUGAUGGAGAAACAUGUACACGAGACAAAAACGCUGUUUGUCAGAGAGGUCUUUGUGUUUGUAAAAAUAACACACUACCUGUAAAUGGAGUAUGUAGACAAGAUGAAACAUUGGGUGGUCGAUGUGCAGGAAGCAAUGGUGAGACAUGUGGUAUAGAUAACAAUGCGGAGUGUGUUAAUGGUUUGUGUAGAUGUAUGUAUGGUACUACUGUUAUAGAUGGAGUUUGUGUCAUGGAUGAAACAUAUAGAGGGAGAUGUAUAGGAAAAGAUGGGGAGCCAUGUGUGAAAGACCCAACUGCUGUUUGUUGGAAUAAAGUCUGUAAAUGUAUUGAAUUUUAUAGUGAUGUAAAUGGAAAAUGUACACGGGAUGGAUAUUUUGGAGGACAAUGUGUAGAGAAAACAUGCCUUGGAAAGAACGUGGUAUGCGAUAAAGUCACGAACACUUGCACGUGUAAAACACAUUAUCAACAAAAAGAUGGAAAAUGCGUUAAAUCUAAAACUAUCUGUUCAUCAGAGACUAUAGAGAAAUAUGAUUAUCAUGUACGUGAUACUUGUUUAUAUGUUGGGUUAGAUACGGAUGAGAUAGUCAUGGUUCUAGGAGCGUUUACGAGCGUUUGGCUCUAUGUGUUGCUAUUAAAGAAUUAUGCCGCGGCAAGUUGUAUAGGUGGAGAAACAGGUUAUGAGUGUUAUAGUGAUGUAUAUAACCAAGGUAUAGAUAUCGGAUACAGUUGUACUCAUGAUGUUCAAUGUACGGCAGGAAAUGGAGGAGAAUACUCAAAGUGCAACAAAGAUCUGAACAUUUGUAUAUGUACAAUAACUCAUCUAGGCGAGGACAAAUGCAUGCCCGACAGUGAUAAAUAUUUUGGUGUAUGUAGGAAACCCCUGCGACAUAUAAAGCCGGGUUUCUGCACUUUAGAAUGUUCACCUAAAGGGACCACAAAGUGGCAAGCGACACAAGAUUGGUAUGGGUUUACCUACGAGCCAUUCGCAGCAUUCAUUCAUGAUAAAAAGACAUCAGUUUGUUAUGAUCCACUCAGAGCUGUUAACAGCGCUCCGGAUGAAAUCGAGAUAAAGCCGUCAACGAUUCCAAAUGCAGGUUUUGGGGCGUUUGCAAAGAUGUUUAUAGAACAAGACACAGUAUUUGCACCUUACAAAGGUACAUUUGAACCAGAAAGUGAUGUUGCAGGCCAGUCAGGUUAUAGUUGGAAGAUAGAUACGCGGACAGGUGAGGGCCGAGCUAAUACUAUAUGGAUAGACGCCAAGGAUGUAACAUUGUCCAACUGGUUAAGAUAUGUUAACACUCCAACAUCCGCCGAGUCGGAGAAUGUUUUCGCAUUUCAAUAUAAAGGUGAAAUGUACUACCAGGCAUUCAAGUCGAUACAACCUGGCACGGAAUUACUUGUUUGGUAUGGCGACUCAUACGGUGAAUUCUUGGAAAUUGAACGCUUUAAUCCGCCAAAAUAUUACAGCGCACAAUCGGGAUAUGCGGGUGGCCCGUGUCAUGAGGAUGAAGAAGGUCUUUCAUGUUUUCAUGAUGAUCAUGCAGUUUGUGCAGACAAGACAUGUUUUUGUAUGGCUGGUACUCAUAUAAGAGCGGGAAAAUGUAUACCAGACGAGACAUUGGGUGGCGUUUGUUCAGGAUUAGAUGGGGAAACGUGUAGAUAUGAUAUAAAUGCUGAAUGUCGUGGAGGUGUAUGUGUUUGUCGCAAUAAUUCUAGUCCUGCUAAUGGAGCAUGUAGGCAAGAUGAAUCAUUUGGAGGACGGUGUCGAGGUAAAGAUGGACAGACUUGUAUGAGGGAUGAUAAUGCAGAAUGUGUGCAUGGUUUAUGUAGAUGUAAAUAUGGUACAACUGCUAUAGGGAAAACAUGCCUAAAAGAUGAAACAUACGGAGGUAGAUGUUCAGGUGCAGAUGGUGACGACUGUGAACAAGACAGCCUGGCCAAAUGUUUGAAUACUAGAUGUGUGUGCAAGGUCAAUUCAACACUUAUAAAUGGAAAAUGUACUUUAGAUGAGAAGGUUGGUGGGAGAUGUAGAGGUGGUGAAGGCAGUCAAUGUAUGUUAGAAAUUAACGGGGUGUGUAAAGAUGGACUCUGUAGUUGUAAAGCCGACUCAACAUAUAUAAAUGGAACCUGUCGUUCAGAUGGUGCAUUGGAAGGAAUAUGUAUAAACGGUAGUUGUCGUGGAAACAAUGUAAAAUGUGACACAAUAACAAACAUAUGUGGGUGUAAAUCUACUCACUUUAUAAACGCCGGGAAAUGUGUGAAAAAAUAAACAG